CAUGAAGAACUUGUACACUUGCUGCUUGAGAAUGACCAGAUCGAUGUCAAUGCGAGGGACAUAUUUGGAUCAACGCCGCUCGAGGAAUUUUCAGGACUCGGAUAUCACAAGAUAGUGCACAUGCUGCUCACAAGAGGAGCAGAUGUCAACGCUCUGAGUGGAGAAUAUGGCAACGCACUACAAGCAGCUUCGGCACAUGGCCACGACAAGAUAGUGCAGAUGCUUCUUGAACAUAAUGCGGACGUCAAUGCUCAGGGUGGAAAACAUGGCAACGCACUACAAGCAGCUUCGAGAAAAGGCCACGACAAGAUAGUACGCAUGCUA